AUGGGGAUCUGGGUCUCUGUGGACGGGUCUUCGUUCCUGGAGCUCUUGGGGCCAUUCUCGGCUCAGGCCUCGCAGUUCGUGAACGUGGGUUUCUUCUGCAUCGCUGUGGGGGCCGUGCUGGUGCUCAUGGGGGCCCUCGGCUUCUGCGGGGCCCAGUGCCAGAGCAAGUGCCUGCUGCUGAUGUUCUUCGUCGUGGUCCUCCUCAUCUUCAUCGCGGAGGUGGCAGCUGCAGUCGUGGCUCUGGCUUAUUCCUCCUUUGCUGAGGGGAUCCUUCGGGCCUGGGCGGCUCCUGCUCUGAAGAACGACUACGGUUCUGAUCCGAUCGUCACCAAGAUCUGGAACACCACCAUGACCGAGCUGUCGUGUUGCGGCUUCACAAACUUCACAGACUUCCAGGGGUCAAAGUUCGAGGCGAUGACUCAGGGACACUUCCCUCCGAGCUGCUGCUGGACCCAGAGCGCCCCCUGUGGAGCGGAGGAGGCGGAGCGGAGUAACAUGAAGGGCUGUUUUGAGCAGAUUCUCAUUUCUCUUCAAGAACACGCAAACAUCGUGGGAGGAAUCGCUGCUGGAAUCGGAGUUUUGGAAAUUGCUGCGAUGAUUGUGUCCAUGUACCUUUACUGUCAUCUCGACAAACGCAUCAGUUGA